CAUUAUAAAUAAAUUGGUUGAUUUACAAACUUUUAAUUUGUUUCUAUACUACAUGCAAAUGAGGAGAAAUAUGACUGCAAUUAUAAAGUUUGUUUAUGUGAUGUCCAUUUUUCUUUCACUGUUUCAUGUUGUAACCAGCUCUGAUAACCCAAUUGAACUAGUAAUUAGUAGCUGCAAGACUGAUUAUGACUGUCCAGAUAAGUUAUGUGACUCUCCAAAAGUUGGGAAGUGUUUUUCUUGUGGUGAAGGGAGGUGUCUUACUAAUAUUUGUUAUUGCGAAAUAGGGGAAAAAGAACUAGGCGGGACCAUCCAUUAAUACACAUACAACUUUGGUUGGAUCCGCCAUUGAUGAGAAAAAGUUCGAGUUUUGUGAAAUGGGUAUUGUUGGGAUUUGUGUGAAAUGAAAGGAAAAUGAAGAAAGGAAGAAACUUUGAUUUUUAUUAAGAAGGAAAAAAAAAGUGUAAUAAUUUAGGGACAAACAUGAAAAAUAGUAAUGUUUAAGGUAAAUGUUAUUAUUUUUUAAGGUAAAAGUGUUUUUUUUUGACAAAUAAAAUAGUAUUAUAAGGAAUAUAAGGGGUACUCAAUCCCUUACAAUCGAAAGUAAAUUAUAGAAUUUGUUAGCAGAUUUAUCAUUUUCGAUUUUUAGCGAUUUUAAAUUUAUGUUAUUCAAUACAUGAAUGUCAUUUGUAGUAAAUAAAUGAUGAUGAUGAUGAUGA